AUGGCCUAUGACCGGUUUGUGGCUGUUUGUAACCCCCUGCUCUACACAGUUGCUAUGUCUCCUAAGCUCUGUGCUCUCCUGGUAGCUGGAACUUACAUAUGGGGUGCACUCUGUUCCCUGACACUCACAUAUUCCCUUUUGAAACUGUCCUACUGUGUGUCUACCAUAAAUCACUUUUGCUGUGAGUUCUCUGCCCUCCUCUCUGUGUCCUGCUCUGACACACACUUCAGCCUGAUGGUGAUGUUAGUCAUUUGUACAUUCAAUGAGGUUUGUAGCCUCCUGAUAAUCCUCACCUCCUAUGUCUUCAUAGUUGUCACUAUCAUCAAGAUGCCUUCUGCUGGUGGACAUCGGAAAGCCUUCUCCACCUGUGCCUCCCACCUGCCUGCCAUCACCAUUUUCCAUGGGACUCUCUUUGUUCUCUACAGUGUGCACAAAUCUAAGAGCUCAUGGCUCUUCAUUAAAGUAGCCACUGUGUUUUACACCAUUGUGAUCCCUAUGCUAAAUCCCCUUAUCUACAGUCUUAGAAAUAAGGAUGUGAAGGAGACUGUCAGGCAGUUAAUUCACACCAAAUUGCUUUCUAACUCAGUGUAA